GAAGCCAAGCGUUUUGAAUGUUGGCAAGCCCAAAGAGUGAAUGUGUUCGAUCGACGACGAGCGCUAGGUGAUCGGCAGCGUCAAGUAGGCAGGAAGCGUAGGUACCGGCAAGAAGAACAUAAUCGAGGCUCGCGGUGGAGGCCUGCACGAGUGGUAUGUAUGCGCCGCAACCCGCACGAGAGGACCAUGCAUACAGGUGCCCGUCUGUGCACCGCGCUACUUCCGACUACCCACAGCGCACCCCCCUCCAGUCGGACUUGGCUCUUCCCUCGCACUCCUGACAUGGGCUCGACCCGCAAUCCAGACGCCCUUGACACUCGCACGCGAAUCGAGAGCAGAGCAUCCCCAGACUCGGUCAAGCGAUCAGUUUCGUGGCAGGUUCCUGCACACAAUGUCGUCCGUGGUGGACAGUCUAGACGCUCCGUCGUCCUAUCGGGACUCUCGCAACACAUCGUCUCGAGCAGCUACGUACAUGGCCCUGUCCAAGACCGCGACGCUAUACGUCGGCAACCUCUCCUUCUACACGACCGAAGAACAGAUGCACGAAUUGUUUGGUAGGGUUUGCAAUGCCUCUUCCGGAGGCGGCAUUCGAAGGAUCAUCAUGGGUCUAGAUCGGAUAAACAAGACACCAUGCGGUUUCGCCUUUGUCGAGUACUACACCCACGCGGAAGCCUUGGCCUGUAUGCGGCAGAUUUCGGGUACGAAGCUGGACGAGCGAGUGAUCCGUUGCGAUUUGGAUCCCGGAUACACGGAUGGUCGUCAGUACGGACGCGGACGAUCAGGUGGACAAGUGCGCGACGAGUAUAGGCAAGAGUACGAUGCGGGCAGAGGGGGUUGGGGUCAUUUGAGGUUGAAGGAGGAGGAAGAUAGGAUCGCAAAGGAGGAGGAGAGGAGAAAGGAACACGACGAGGUUUACAAGGAACAAGAGGAACAAGCCGGUGGGAGAGUCAUUCCCGCCGGCGCGGAGGAGGUGUACGAGGAGUUGGAAGGUAGACAGAGAGCUGGAAAUGACGCGACUGGUUCGGAUGCGCCAGGCGAGCACGACACGAAGCGCAAGAGGGCCGACGAACAAAGCGCAGACGGUGACAGUGGCGACGAGUCUUUUGCAAGGAAGCGUCGAUUGGAAUCACCGGACCUCUGAAAACGUUUGCGCUGGCUAUGAUGUGCAACGCCCACCACUGCCUGCCAUUUCGAAAUGCAUUUCAUUCCUUGUCUAUGUACAGAGCGCAAAUCUCACGAGACAUGAAUGCAGUCGCGGGUAGGCGCCAUCUCAUGCUGUGCCGCAUUCGCGGACCCGCAUGGUCGCUUGUAGACCUACUGCGUAUACUCUCCGCCCCUUCUUCCUUUAGCGACCUUGGCUGGUUCAGCGAGGAUAUCUCUAGCUGUAGACUUUGGGCCCUUCCUGUUCCCCUCGUAGUGCGCAGAGAUGGCUGCCCUGCCGUGUCGUCCGGAAGAGUAGCCAGGUCCAUCGUAGUACAUGGUCUCUUCAGGUCUGUUGAGGGUUGGCCAGGCCACGUACUCCAAGCCUCGCUCGGUGAUG